AUGAACUCCUUGGUAAUUGUAGCCAUUUUCUCCUGCUUGGCUUUGGCAAAUGCAGGCACCAUCGUUCAAGGACCAAGCGCUAAAUCUACAGUUGUAGGUGCUGAUGGCAGUGUUAUUUCUGCUGUAGCCCCUGGGGGACAGAUCAUCGCAGAAGAACAUCCUGGAGUAGUUGCCCACAGUGCCCCAUUAGUUGCUGCUUAUUCUCACCCAGUAGUAGCCGCUCAUGCUUCCCCAAUAGUAGCUGCUUACUCCGCACCACUUGUAAAUCCACAUGCUGCCUCAGUAGUUUCUGUACACUCUGCUCCCAUUGUAGCGGCCCACGCAGCCCCAGUGGUUUCAGCUUAUUCACAUCCAGUAGUUGCUGCUCCACUCGUAGCUGCCCAUUCUGCUCCAGUUGUUGCCCAUGGAGUAGUUAACCAUAGGGAAGUUGAUACAGUAGUAGCUGGACCAUCCGGAACUAUUACAACUAGCAAACUUGUUGCAUCUCCAGCUGUAGUUCCUGCAUAUGGAGUAGUUGGUCAUGGAGUUCAUGGACAAUAUUAUUAA